UUAAUUUUAAAAAAUGCAAAAGCAUGACAAUUCCUUUGAUCGAAAAUCAUCACGCGUUACGACACGAGAUUUUGCUAUUGCUGUUUGAUUCGUAUCGGAAUUUCACGUUAUCGAACCAACUCUGGUUGAUAUGAGCGAUUCUCGUUCACAAAGGAGGAUCACAGUGCGAAACCACCAUGGAGAAAACCUUGUCGGAAUCUUACAUGAUGCAGCUUCAACUGCACUUGUUGUCGUGUGCCACGGUUUCCAAUCUUCCAAGGAAAAGAUCCCAAUGGUGAACCUUGCUGCUGCUCUGGAGAAAGAUGGAAUCAGUGCUUUCCGCUUCGACUUUGCUGGAAAUGGGGAAAGUGAAGGUUCAUUUCAGUAUGGUAACUAUUACAGAGAAGUUGAGGACCUGCGAGCUGUAGUUCAACACUUCCGUGAGGAGAAAUAUGUAACUACGGCCAUUGUUGGUCACAGUAAAGGGGGUAAUGUGGUGCUCUUAUAUGCCUCAAAAUAUAAGGAUAUUCAGACGGUUGUCAAUAUAUCUGGUCGGUUUAAUCUAGCGGGAGGCAUGGAAAGUCGCUUGGGUAAAAAUUUUGUUCAAAGGAUCAAACAAGAUGGAUUUAUAGAUGUUAAAAAUAAAAGAGGGGAGAUCAUGUAUCGCGUUACUGAAGAAAGUUUGAUGGAUCGCCUAACUACUAUAACACAUCUUGCUUGCAUAUCAAUUCCUCAAAAUUGCAGAGUGUUAACAAUUCAUGGAUCCAUGGAUCAAACUGUACCAGCAGAAGAUGCUUUGGAGUUUGAUAAGUUCAUAUCUAAUCAUGAACUGCGCAUCAUAGAAGGAGCUGAUCAUGAAUAUUCUCAUCAUCAAGAUGAACUGACCCACUUAGUAUUGGAAUUUAUCAAGAUUCAUAAUGACAAAGACAAAGAUACAUCUUUGCAGACACGAUUUGGAACAAUAGAUAAAACUAUUCGAUCACGAUUCUAGUUCUUGGAGAAUAUGUGCAUUUAGUACCUCUUCUUUUUGAACCAUCCUUCUUACAAAUAAUGUGACAAAGGAAUAAGUAAAGUGGGACAAACUAUGUCAAAUUUCUAAUGUUCCAAGUGCCUACCAAUGGAAUCAAUCAUUGUUGGAGUUAAAGGAAAUUUAGCGUUCAGCGCAGAAGUUUCACAUUAUUCGACCUCUGGUGGUGCACUUAUGAAACGAACAAUUUGACAUCAAGAGUGUAAACCUAGUCAAUCGAUCCAAUGAAUGAUCCAUUGGUCAGAUAAGUGAUCCAUUGACCAAUGUCGUGAUCGAGUCAAUCAUUGAGUCAAGUUUAUUAACACUGAUUUGUCACUGGGUAUAUUAAACUCACUUAAAAUAA